AUGCUCCGAUUCUUAACCAACAGUCGUGUUUUCAAUCUACACAAAUUUCGAUAUCAAAUGACAUUUCCUAAAAAAUACUCAAUCAGUGAAUCUAUACAAACUAUAAAACCGUUGUUACCUCCAAAAUUGAUAACCUUUGAUGCUUACAAUACACUAUACUGUUCCAGUAUCCCUGUCCUAGAACAGUAUGCAAGCAUUGCCAGAAAAUACGGCAUUAUAAUAGAUCCUAAUAACCUGGUUAAACGUUUUCCUGAAUGUUUUAAAAAACUAACCAAAAUACACCCCAAUUACGGUAAAUAUACUAAUAUUACUGGUGACGAAUGGUGGUCUAUUUUAAUCAAAGAUCUAUUUCAACCACAUGAUGUACCACAAGAUAUGAUAUCAAAGAUUGUAACACACUUCAAAACUAAAAAAGCAUAUUCUACAUAUCCCGAUAUUAUCGAGUUUAUUAAGGCCAUCAAAUUGAAAUAUCCUGAUAUUAUACUUGGUGUUAUAAGUAAUACAGACCCUGCUGUCUAUGAUCUAUUGAAAAAUCUAAAUCUUUUCCAAUAUUUUACACCUUACACAUAUUUCUCGUAUGAUUUAGAAAUAUCUAAACCUAAUCCUAAAAUAUUUGAUUAUGUAAUUAACGAUGUGUUGAAAAAAAAACCCAGAAAUUACUAA